UCGCCACUCCCGGACGCCGCUCCCAGUCGCUACGUGGUGAACGGAGCCGGUUCCACCGUCGCCAAGGGGGAGUGGGCGGCCCCCGUUGGUCGUGGGGGGCGUGGCUUGCGGCGCAUGCGCAGCGUUCGGCGAGGGCGACAAUGGCGGCGGCGGUGGCGGCGGGCGGCGGGGCCGGCGCGGCGGGGGGAACCGCGGGCGGCGGCGCCGCGGCCCGAAGAAAGGAUGGCGGCCCCAGCGGGAAGUUUUGGGAGAGCCCGGAGACCGUGUCCCAGCUGGAUUCGGUGCGCGUGUGGCUCGGGAAGCACUACAAGAAGUACGUUCAAGCAGAUGCUCCUACCAAUAAAACACUGGCUGGGCUGGUGGUGCAGCUGCUGCAAUUCCAGGAAGAUGCCUUUGGAAAACACGUCACCAAUCCUGCCUUCACAAAGCUUCCUGCAAAGUGCUUCAUGGAUUUCAAAGCUGGAGGUACAUUAUGUCACAUUCUUGGUGCUGCUUACAAAUAUAAGAAUGAACAGGGCUGGCGGAGAUUUGACCUGCAGAAUCCAUCCCGAAUGGAUCGAAACGUGGAGAUGUUCAUGAACAUCGAGAAAACACUAGUGCAGAACAAUUGUCUGAGCAGACCGACCAUCUACCUCAUUCCAGAUAUAGAGCUGAAGUUGGCUAAUAAGUUGAAGGACAUUGUCAAACGCCACCAGGGAACUGUAACCGAAGACAAAUCAAAGGCUACUCAUCAUGUUUAUCCGAGUCCUACCUCAGUGGAUGAUGAUGAAUGGUUGCGACCUGUGAUGAAAAAGGACAAACAGGUGCUGGUGCACUGGGGCUUCUUCCCAGACAGCUAUGACACUUGGGUUCACGCCAAUGAAAUAGAUGCGGAAAUCGAGGAUCCUCCAAUUCCUGAAAAGCCAUGGAAGGUUCACGCCAAGUGGAUUCUGGACACGGAUAUAUUCAAUGAAUGGAUGAACGAAGAAGAUUACGAGGUUGAUGAGAAUAGGAAAUCAGUGAGUUUUCGGCAGAGGAUCUCCAUGAAAAACGAAGAGCCCGUUCGUAGUCCGGAGAGGAGAGACAGAAAAGCAGCAGCAAGUACAAGGAAAAGAAAACAUUCUCCUUCUCCACCUCCAACUCCCGUGGAGUCGAGAAAAAAGACGGGGAAGAAGGGGCAAGCAGCUUUGUAUGGGAAAAGGAGAGGGCAGAAAGAAGAAGAUGAGCAAGAAGAUCUCACAAAGGACAUGGAGGAUCCCACCCCAGUUCCCAAUAUAGAAGAAGUGGUACUUCCCAAAAAUGUGAACCCAAAGAAGGACAGUGAAAACACGCCUGUGAAGGGAGGAACAGUAGCAGACCUCGAUGAACAGGAUGAGGAGACGGUGGCAACUGGAGGAAAGGAGGAUGAAGAUCCCAACAAAGGCGAUCAGAGUCGGUCAAUUGAUCCAGGUGAAGAUAACGUCACGGAACAAACCAACCACAUCAUCAUUCCGAGCUAUGCAUCUUGGUUUGACUACAACUGUAUUCAUGUGAUUGAACGUCGUGCUCUUCCGGAAUUCUUCAAUGGCAAAAACAAGUCCAAAACUCCAGAAAUAUACUUGGCUUACCGCAACUUCAUGAUUGACACCUAUCGCUUAAAUCCUCAAGAGUACCUGACGAGCACUGCCUGCAGGAGGAACCUCACUGGAGAUGUUUGUGCUGUCAUGAGAGUUCAUGCUUUUCUGGAGCAAUGGGGUCUCAUCAACUACCAAGUGGAUCCUGAAAGCCGUCCCAUGGCGAUGGGCCCUCCCCCAACUCCUCACUUCAACGUCCUGGCAGAUACGCCCUCGGGACUUAUGCCUCUCCACAUCCGCACUCCGCAGGUUCCAGCUGCUCAGCAGAUGUUAAGUUUUCCCGAGAAGAACAAAGAGAAGCCAACUGAUCUGCAGAACUUCGGACUCCGCACGGACAUUUAUUCGAAGAAGACGUUGGCAAAGAGUAAAGGUGCGAGUGCUGGAAGAGAAUGGACAGAACAAGAGACGUUGCUGUUAUUGGAGGCUCUGGAGAUGUACAAAGAUGACUGGAACAAAGUCUCGGAGCACGUUGGGAGCCGUACCCAAGAUGAGUGCAUUCUCCACUUUCUGAGACUCCCGAUUGAAGAUCCUUAUUUGGAGAACUCGGAUGCGUCCCUGGGCCCUCUGGCGUACCAGCCUGUACCUUUCAGCCAAUCUGGAAACCCCGUGAUGAGCACCGUUGCCUUUCUGGCGUCUGUGGUGGAUCCCCGUGUGGCAUCAGCGGCUGCAAAGGCUGCGUUAGAGGAGUUUUCUCGAGUCCGAGAAGAGGUACCACUGGAGCUCGUGGAAGCUCAUGUCAAGAAAGUCCAGGAAGCAGCGAGAGCCUCUGGGAAGGUGGAUCCAACGUAUGGACUAGAGAGCAGCUGCAUCGCCGGAACAGGUCCUGAUGAGCCAGAGAAAAUCGAUGGAGUUGAAGAAGAAAAAAUGGAAACAGAGACAGAUGGGCAGCAGUCUGAGAAGGUUGAAAACAAAGCGGAGGGUGAAAUUGAGGAAGGCGAUAAAGUCCAAGAAGGAGAAAACGAGAGAAAUCCAGAAAAAGAGCAAGAAAGCGAGGCGACUGUGGACCCCAAACCAGAAAAGGAGGCAGAAGAGAACAAGGAGAACGUUGAUGCGAGCAAAGACAAAGAAAACGAGGCUGGGAAGAAGAAAGUGGAACACGAAAUCUCGGAAGGAAACGUUGCUACAGCUGCAGCUGCUGCCCUUGCCUCAGCUGCCACCAAAGCAAAGCACCUUGCGGCGGUGGAAGAAAGAAAGAUCAAGUCCCUGGUUGCUCUUCUGGUGGAAACGCAGAUGAAGAAGCUGGAGAUAAAACUUCGCCAUUUCGAGGAGCUGGAAACUAUUAUGGACAGAGAGAAAGAGGCGUUAGAGCAGCAGAGACAACAGUUGCUGACGGAACGCCAGAAUUUUCACAUGGAGCAGCUGAAAUACGCGGAGUUAAGGGCUCGUCAGCAAAUGGAACAGCAGCAUAGUCAAAACCCACCGCAGUCGCACCAGCAUUCCAGUGGGCCUGGGAUGAACCCCCUCGGGGCACCGGCGCAUCCAGGCUUACUGCCUCACCAGCAGCCCCCACCGUACCCCAUGAUGCACCACCAGAUGCCACCACCUCACCCACCACAACCAGGUCAGAUGCCGGGGCCUGGAGCCAUGAUACCUGGACAGCCCAUGCCAGGCCGGAUGAUGCCAAGCGUGUCGGCCAACAUCCAUCCAGCUGGUGGUGGUCCCCCUCCUCCUGGCAUGUCACCGAUGUCAGGGAAUCUAAUUGGACCUCGUGUUCCUCUCGCAGCUCCAAAUGGCAUGUAUCCCCCUCCUGCACAGCCGCCUCCACCAGCGGAAGGGGUGACACCUCCUCCGGCAGGAGCUCCACCAGCCUCAGCCGCUCCGUAAGCAGUCAAGGAAGAAGGAACUUCUACAGCAACAUAGUGGUGACCAAAAAUGGAUUCCUCAGUUACCUCCUGUUCCCUUGGGAGGUUCCCACCUCCCGUUGGCCUGUCCCGGUCGUGUGUGCGUGCGUGCGUAUACACACACAUCUACAAGCACAUCUCCACAACCUCUUUCUCCCUCUUCUCCUCCUAACCUGGCAGUUACUCAGCAUUCCUUUGGGAAAGCUUUAGAUCAAAGAUGCCGGUAGUGCCUCCAUGUUGCUGGUGGGAAGUCCUUUACGCUUUGGUCUGCUCGCCUUCCAGCGUGUGCUCAACUCUGGUUUCUUUCCUCUUGGUGUUUUGAGCUUUGAGAGGGUAAAAAAAAAAACCCUCAAGUUUUGAAGGUGGAGGCAUCAACUGAGGGUUAGGAUGUAGCACGUGCCCGCUCCACCGGUGGGUUUGAGGUUCUCCAGGUAGAGCAAAGCAUCAAGAUCGGAUGCCAAACCAGUGGAUUUUGAGCAGAGAAGGUGCUGAAGCACGGAAGGCGCGAUGCUGUCUGUGUUCGUUAAGAGAUAACUGAUCGUUAAGGACGGCAGCCGAGUCCUGGGGCUGCCUCGCUAACUUAUUAAAGAAAUGAUUGAUCUGGUGCGAACGAAGCCAGGAGCGAAUCGAUUGGAAUUAAAAACCACUCAACGGUAGGAGUUUUCUUGCUCCGGUUUUUACCCUUCUUUUGCCUUUGAAGGUGGUAGUUUGAACCUUCCCUCUGAGUAGUUUGGUACAGUAGCCAACUGAGGAAUAAAAUCAUGAUUUUUAGUCCCUUUUUUUUUGGAGCAUAAUACUUUGUACUUUUUAAAAUGAACAAAACAAAACCCGAAAAAACAAAAAAAAAUAGUAGAUAGUGAAGAAAUGGUAGCGGACGGGAUGGGGUUGGGAUGGGAUGGUUGGGGUGCAAAUGCCACAUCUACCUCCUGCGGACAGUCGAGGUGGGCAGAGCAGCGACCGUAGAGAUGUGUCUGUGGGACAGCUCGCACGUCACCUUCUGCUCAUGGACCUUCUGCGGUCUCGGGGGUUGUAGGUAGAGGAGCCGCUCCAGGAGGAGCAUUUGUUGGGUGAGACCACCACCACCACCACUGCUGUUGUAGACCUCCAGGCUGCCUAAACUGCUUUUUUGCUCCUCGUUAGUGACUGCAAAGACUCCUUUGCUGACCGUGGUUCAGGUUCUCCACCCUCUUUGGGGCUUGAGAGGGUUUGGCUGAAGGUCUGAAGGUUUAUCUAAAGGGUGGCUUUCAAUGACCGAGUGCGAGGUGGUGGUCUAAGGCUUAACCGGAGAGAGAUUUCCCUCUUCAUCUAAAACCCACAGGACCACUUACACCAUAAAAAUAAGGAUCUGCUUUGAAGAGCCCUCAGGUGAUGGACUCCUCAGAACUGCCCGGGUCCUGAGCGCACAUGGAGGUGGAAUAACCCUUCCUGGGCUGCUUUCUUAGACCAUCAUCUGCAGCCUCGUUAUUCCCAUGCGUAGGAACGAUACUUUCCACUGUCAAGCUCUAAGAACCCACAGUGCCUAGCAGCGAACGCUCAGGACCUGCCCGCCUUCCGCCUCCCACCAAGGAAAUUCAUCCCCAGCGGUACCUUUCCCUCCAGGGUCUUUGAGGUGAGCAUGGGAUUUUCUGGUUCAGACCGUAGUCCAGUUUAGAAUAACCUCAGGUUGUUUUUAGCUUGAUCGACUUGGAAUAUAAAGGAUCCAGAUGGAGACUUAUUUUUUACUGUCCUAGUGCCGAUCCUUCGGAGUUCCCCGAACUCUCACACUGUUUUCUUUCUGUAUAAAUAAUCCGCGUGCUGACUUUUUCACCUGAUCCUCUGUAUAGGGCCGGUUUUAUUCCUGCAACGCAGCCACCCGAUUUUGUGAAAUAAAGAAACAAACGUGGUUUUUGUUUUUUGUACAAAGUU